ACAUGGCGGACACCGGGGCGUCGGACGACCACUGGCGGAGUGCAAGGGGAGCGUAGCAGAAAGCUGUACAGCCCGAGGUUACAGGCCCUGACAGACGUGUCAGUCGCGGCGACAGGAGAUGAGUCUGUAUCAAGAUCGUAGAAGUAGUGGUGUAGUAGUUCUCAUCACACAGUUUUAGAUUUUCAUCCACUGAAAAACACUGUUCGAUUUUAGCACCUGGGGAAGGGACGUGCAUGUUGAUCAGGUGCUGCUUUGAGUACGGAUUGCACCGUAUACACGCACUGUACUAGCCAUAUUUAAAAACACUCGCCAUUUCAUGACUUUGAACAGAAUUGCUCUAGCUUCAACUGACAGAUACUGGGAAAUCAUCAGUGUAGCAGCUGGUAAACUAACGCUCAGCUGCUGCUCUUCCGGGGCCUCACCAGAUGCUUCUCAAAUUCUCCUUGUACAACAAGCCAGGCCCCGUAAAGGCUUUAUUUGAGACUUCUUUUUAAUUCCACACCCUUGUUUAGCCGUAGAGCUGUUGAAUUGUUUGGGUGGAGUGCAGUAAUCUUUGUCAAUGCCACCAUCUCCUGCGGGUGAAAUCCUCCUCCUGACCCUGCACAUCCUCUGAGAUAAACAUAUGAAAGAAAGUCAUACACAUCUGGGAUGGAAUGAGGGAGUGUUCUCAUGAACUUCACCGUUGGACCACCCCAUAUACCAUGCUGGGGCUGCUUGUUCGCCUUGGCCUCUUAACCUGCAGGAGAUUCUCCUUGCCCCACCAGCCUUCUUGCCUACUGAGUCCAGGUGCUCUCACUAGUAUGUACACCACACGCAUGUACGGUGGAGGUGGGGGCAAGCCAGGUCGCCGCAUCGGCCUAAUGGGAGGAGGACCGCCCAUGCUGGAGAACCACCAUCACCCGCUUCCUCCUCCUCCACAUCAUCCACAUGUCCAUCAGUCUCAAAAUUACUCACCCAUUUAUCAGCCUCGUCUAGAUGUCCACCGGCCCCAUUUCCAGACCCACCAGCACUACCACACGCACUCGCAAGUCGCUCACCUCCCUCCUCCGCACUAUCAAUCCCAUACACAUUUGCACCACAGCAAGAAAAAGACCUGGAACUUCAUCCAUGAGAAGAUGAGCUACGACACCUUCUUCACCAUGAAACGGCUGAUUGAUCGCUCAUGCACGGUGGAUGAAGUUCUCCGCUGGGUCACCCAGAAUCCAGGGAAGGUCUCGCACAAUCACUACCCCAUCGCUCUGCAGAAGAUAGGUCAGCUCCUGGUACUUCAGCAGGCUGAGGGUCAGGCGGGUGGGAGUGGAGGAGCAGGCGAAGGAGCUUUGUCCUCAUCUGCUGGUGGAGGCUCGGGGGAUAACGGCGUACGACAGAUUCUGGAUAAUCAGGAUUUUCAGACGCUCUGUGAUGCCAUUGUCAAUGACUGCUCCAAGUUUGACAAUUUCAGCAUUGUUAACUGCCUUUAUGCUGUUGCUGCCCUUGGGCUACCCAAUGACUCUCAGAUCGUGCAGGUGCUGGAGGAAGAGUCCCAGGCUCGCCUGUCCCAGUUCAACCAAAAGGACAUCUCCAUGGUUUUCAGCAGCUGCAUGAAGCUGCAUCCGUCCAGCCAGCAUCCCUUGAUUGAGUCGUGUCUUGCUGGGCUAGAGAAGAACAUCGAGCGGGAGCGCCACCCCCAGACACUCUUCCUCCUGCUCUCAUACUACCGCACUAAGUGGAGAGCACUGCGGGCGGCAGAUGGAGCCUCCCCGGAACAGCUGGUUGUGAACCGGAAGAUCUUGCGGCUUGUGAAGCACACCCUGGCCAGUGUUAGCAGCGUCAGGGACCAUGAGAUGGCCCUGCUAGAUGAGAUGCUGUCAGCAUGUGCAAGGGAGGCCAGCAACAAGAGCCUUGAGCUCAUCUUCAGCUCUCACCUCUUCUACCAGAACAGGCAGGAGAAGUUUGUGAGCAGCCUCGCAGAGGAGUUGCCUAAAAAGGUUGAAAGCAUCACACCUUACACCAUGGCCCUCAUCGCCAAGUACAUCGCUCGCCAUCGUCUCAGAGAAACACGUCUGCUGGACACUAUUGCUGACUUCCUGGUCAAGAAGGGUGAAUACUUGGACAGCAAGGUGAUCCAGAAGCUUGUGUUCCCAUUCAGUCGUAUGAGCUAUCGACCGGCAAAUGAGGCUCAGUUCUUCUCCAAGUUGGAGAUGGCGCUCGAACUAAAGGCUCUGAGCUCUCCCCUGGCCACCGUUAAUAUCCUCAUGUCCUUGUUCCAGCUGGGUCAUAUUCCAGGGCUUGUCCUGCACCGUGUCUUCUCUCCAUCAUUCAUCAGUAACGUCACCAACAGUCCGUAUGCCCUGAUUGUACGGCGGUACCUUUCACUAUUGGAUGCAGCUGUAGAGUUGGAAUACAGGGAUUACACUGGACCCCGCCUUCAGAACUCACAUAAAGUGCUCAUGUUUGAUCACGCACUAACUGCAGAUGAGGUGAACCGCAAAUACAGUUAUAAAGGUCUAGUUGCAGAGGCACUCAGGCAGCUUGUUGGCGAGCAUGGCUACAAACAGGAUGAAGUUCUAGCACCAGGAUAUUACACAGAUUUCCUGCUAUGGAUCGACAGCAUGGGCCGUGUUCUCCCUAUCAGGACUGGGACACCAGCAGCGUCAUUAGGCGCAGGUUCAAUCCCAUGUGUAAUACUAAACCUCAAAUCUCCUGAAGGGUCUGGCUCUGUCGCAGCUCUCACUACUGAAUUCCAGAAGUUCUCUCCUUUUGCCCCUUCACUGGAGGAUGGGGGUGACAGACAAUCAGGAGAUGAGUCUGCCUUCCUCUCCACUCACAUGCGCCCCCAAACAGCAGGAGCAACAGCUCAGAGAGUUGGUCCUAAUGGAACGGUUCCACUGGACUACAACCCAUAUUACAAAACUUCAGAUUAUUACGCAACUCUAGCCAAGGCGCACUCUCUGGAAAGCCAGGACAGCUCCACCCUCAGUAGCCCCUCAGACUGCCUGACCCAGGCAGGGUCUUCUGUUCCUGGGGCCAUUGCCCCACAAGACUCCCUCUUCCAGUUCUCAAUUGGGAAAAUUCUGGAGGAUGAAGGGGGUGCUGCCACCUCAACUGGAGCAAUCCCGGGGCCAGACUGUGAGAUCACUACAUUUUAUGAAGGUGUGACGUACCCAGAGGGUAGCGAGAGCGAUGUAGUGGCCAGUUCUCCACUGCAGCUUCACAACCUAGAAAACCCAGAAGCUGACCGGACCACAGGAGAGCAAUUGAAAAGGGUUAUAAUGUCAGUAAAUGAUAAAUGGCAUUAUUGCCAUAAUUCUGAUGUGCUGGUCGGAUCCAGGGCCAUGAGAGACCGCCACCUGCAGUUGCUGGGCUACAUUAUACUACAGUUGCCCUAUCUGGAGUUGGAGAAGCUGAAUGGGAUAGAGGAAGUGAAACAGUAUCUUCACAAAAAGCUGCUGGAGGUUCCUUUAUGACACCAAAAAAAGAGAGUGUAUUUGUGUGCUACAGAAAGCAUGUGCAGCUUUCAAGGUUUCAAGAGGCUUUGUUGUUUUCAGAAAGACUGUUGUGUACAUAUGUGUCUUUGUGUGUAUGUGAGUGUCUGUGUGUUUGUACACACAGGAUGUGAACAGUCCUUGUUUUCAGCACAGAACAUCUGUUAAUACAAGGAAUCUGGGUGGGUGUUAUCUUAAUUCUUUGAUUAUAAAGAGGCAAAAAUUAAACUGGUGUAUGGUAUGUAGUAAAUUUAACUGUGCCUGGGUUUCUGAACAUUUUUACCACAUCAUAAAGCAUACAUUACUUACCCCAGCCAACAAUUAAAGGCCAUUUAGCUUUCAGUAAUGGAAAUAUUGAUCAUUCAGAGUAAUCACAAUUCAGUAGAACUUCUGGAAUGUUUUUGGUAUAAUUGGUCAUUGGUGUGAUCACUAAGGGGUGAGAGGAGCAAGUUGUUUAAUAUUAUAUGUGCCCCAGCAUUUUCUUAUUUUAAUUUUGCUUUUGAUUGUGUUCUCACAUCCCUUUUUUGUCAUCACUGUUAUUUUGGUGUGUUUAGGUGCAAGCUUGGGAGUAGACACCAAGUUUGUCUUGGGGGGGGGAAAGUAUGGGAUAUAGUAUAUUUUAUGGAAGUGAGGCACCCUGGUGUGAACACAAGUGUGGAGUGGUCUUUUGGUGAGCCACAACGUUUUGUAUUUCUUUAUUUCAGAUGCAACCUCCACAACCACUGCUGCUCUUUGAUUUUAAACCUGAAAGAAUUGAUGGAAGUAUAUUAAAGGGAUAGUUCACCCAAAAAUGAAAGUUCUCUCAUCAGUUAUUUGCCCUCAUGCCAUCCCAGAUGUGUAUGACUUACUUUCUUCUGCUGAUUACAAAUUAAGAUUUUUAGAAGAAUAUUUCAGCUCUGUAGGUCCAUAAAAUGUAAGUGAAUAGUGGCCACAACUUUGAAGUUCCAAAAAGCACAUAAUGGCCACAUAAACGUAAUCCAUAUGACUCCAGUGGUUAAAUCCAUGUUUUAUGAAGCGGUAUGAUAUGUGUGGGUGAGAAACAGAACAAUAUUUAAGUCCUUUUUUACAUAAAUUCUCCUCCCUGCCCAGUAGGUGGCAAUAUGCACGAAGAAUGUGAAUCGUCAAAAACAAAAAAAGAAGAAUGUGAAAGUGGAGGUUGAUAGAAAAAAGGACUUAAAUAUUGAUCUGUUUCUAGCACACACCUAUUAUAUCGCUUCUGAAGACAUAGAUUUAACCACUGGAGUCCUUGAUAUGCUUUUUGGACCUUCAAAGUUCUGGCCACCAUUCACUUUCAUUGUACAGACUUACAGAGCUGAAAUAUUUUUCAAAAAAAUCUAAAUUUGUGUUCAGCAGAAGAAAGUAAGUCACACAUCUGGGAUGGCAUGAGGAUAAGUACAUGAUGAGAGAAUUUUCAUUUUUGGGUGAACUAUCCCUUUAAGAAAUAUAUGGGGCUAUUGAUUAAAGUCUUAUUAGUCUACUGGAUGUGAACUAUAUGGAGUUACAAUGGGAAAAGGAAUGUACAGGAAUUAUAUGCAGGAAUGGGUUAUACCUUUUUAUUUUAUUUUCUCAGACUGAUUGUCACCUUUUAUGUCAUGUGAGGGGAAAGCAAUGCACCCAGUUAACUGCAGGAUAAUUAUUAAAUAAUGUUUAUCUCUCCCAUGUGGAGAAUGUUGAAUUUUUAGAUGUGCCUUUAGCAUAUGUAUUUGCCCUCAUUGCAAUCUUCAGAUCAGUUCAAAGAAAAGUUUAACAAAGGUCUUUAGAUUAAAAUGUUGCUGCAAUUCAAAAAUAAUGUUUAUUUCAUCAUUCAAAAGAAAUGAAUCCAUGGAAAGUGGGUGUCUUGAUAGGUUAACAUAGACAUUCAUUUUUGUGUCUGAUAUUUAAGUAUUAUCAUAGUUUACUUCAGUUAGUACAAAAAGAAUUGUGCAUAGUUAAUUUAAACUAAAGCAGAUUUCUCAAGGCCUUGCUUAAAUCCACAUAAAUUGAGGUACUGAAAAUUAACAGCAUCAAUAUCUUUAAAUCGGAGCUCUAAUUGAUAUAGAUGAUUUAUUUUACGAUUGAGUCAUCCAUGUAUCACUUUCUCCGUGUGCAUUUGCUUUGCUUUAGAGGGAAAGAUAAUUUAUUAUGGGAAGUGAAUGUAAGUGGACUGUGUGAGUGAAUGUUUGUGUGUCAGGUAACAGGUGGGGAAAUGGAUAAAAUGUCUGUUUAUAUAUACAUAUUAAAAUGUCUAUAAAAUGAUUAUUAAAAAAGGAGAA